CUGUCAGAAGAAAAUAUUGAAGGAGUUCAAAAAAAGCUGGAAGAAUUCCUGAAUUUUAAACAAUUAAAAACAUCGUUGAAGGAAGCUAUUUUGCUAGAUUAUUAUACCUCAGGAUUUUGGUGGGCUAAAGAAAUGAACUUCAGUCAUGAACAACUCACAGGAUUCAUGGGUCUGUUAAAUUUCCUUUUGGAGAACCUCAGUGACAAACAUAUGACAUUAGGCGAUAACAUAAAAGAACUUGGAAGAACAAUGGCCGGGAUAGGAGGAACCCGUUCAGAAGAAAGUGGUGACUUGUUUUUCUUCAAUGUUGAGCAAGCCAAAGCAAUCAUUGAUUACUUGAAAAUCAGCUUAUUUCAACCCUAUAAACUGUAUGAAUAUCUUUUCCAUACUCCUAGAGAAGAAUGUGUGAUAAGUAAGGAGCAACUUCGUGUCGACAUUACUCCACUAAUAACAGCAUAA